UCCGUUUCCCGGCCCAGCUGCACUUUGAUCAUUCAUGUCUCCUCCAAAUUCAUGUUGUCUUUAAUUAAUUGUCUCGUGGAAAGCGGUAUGUGGGAGACAGGCAGAGAACAGCUAUAGCUACACAAUUAAAACACAAACCAAGACUGCUGAGUGCUGAAGUGACUAAUAAGCUUUUUUUGUGGUUAAUGUUUUGCUCUGAGAACAGAUCUAGGAGCAGAGAUGGAGGGCAUGGAUUUUGAGGAUGAGAAGUCCAAGAGGUACUGCAUGAAGACAAAGCAUGUGGCUAUCAUCUGUGGAGUCGUGGUUGUUGUAGGACUUGCUGUGGGGCUCGGUGUGGGAUUGAGCAGACCUAAAGCUCCAGAGGCAACAGAGCAACCAACAACAGAUCAGACGACAACAACGGAACAGCCUCCUCCCACAGUGGAUUUGGGUCCCUGUCCUCCCAAGAAUGAUGACACUGGAGACUGGAGGGAUUUUAGGCUGCCCAGUUAUGUCAAACCUAUCCACUAUGAUCUGGAAAUCAAGCCUGAAAUGGAGCAAGACACUUACAGUGGAACAGUCAGUAUAUCUAUUGCUUUGGAAAAACCAACUAGCUCCCUGUGGCUUCACCUGCGAGACACCAAGGUUACAGAAAUACCCACGCUCCAGAAAUCUUCAGGACAGCAGAUUGCUGUGAAUGACUGCUUUGAGUACAAGCCACAAGAAUACAUUGUGCUGAAAGCAGCAGCAGAGCUCCCUGUCACUGAUGGAAGUGAUCCCUAUGUGCUCACUCUGAAGUUUCAAGGCUGGCUGAAUGGUUCGCUCGUUGGGUUUUAUAGGACCACCUAUACUGAGAAUGGACAGAUCAAGAGCAUUGCAGCCACUGAUCAUGAGCCAACAGAUGCGCGGAAAUCAUUUCCCUGCUUUGAUGAGCCAAACAAGAAGGCAACUUACACCAUAUCCAUCAUCCAUCAAGAUACGUACCAAGCGCUUUCAAACAUGCCAGUACAGAAAACCGUACAGCUCGGUGAUGGCUGGAAUCGAACAACUUUUGAGAAAUCAGUUCCCAUGAGCACUUACUUGGUGUGCUUUGCAGUGCAUCAGUUUACCUGGGUAGAGAGAAAAUCCAAAAGUGGAAAACCUCUGAGAGUUUAUGCCCAGCCGCAGCAAAUACACACGGCAGAAUAUGCAGCAAAUGUAACAAAAAUUGCAUUUGACUUCUUUGAAGAGUACUUUAAUUUGAGCUACUCUCUUCCAAAAUUGGAUAAAAUAGCUAUUCCAGAUUUUGGGACAGGUGCUAUGGAGAACUGGGGACUGAUCACAUACCGAGAAACAAACCUGCUGUAUGAUCCUGAGGAGUCAGCCACAUCCAACAAACAGAGAGUAGCUGCUGUGAUAGCCCAUGAACUCGUUCAUCAGUGGUUUGGAAAUAUUGUAACCAUGGACUGGUGGGAUGACUUGUGGUUAAAUGAAGGAUUUGCCAGUUAUUUUGAGUUCCUGGGAGCAAAUGCAACAGAACCAGAUUGGGAAAUGCUUGACCAGGUUUUAAUUGAAGAUGUGCUUCCUGUACUGAAGGAUGACUCUUUGCUGUCUUCCCACCCAAUUGUAGCCAAUGUGUCAUCUCCAGCUGAAAUCACCUCUGUGUUUGAUGGGAUAUCCUACAGUAAGGGUGCAUCGAUCCUCAGAAUGAUUCAAGACUGGAUUACACCAGAGCUCUUCCAGAAAGGCUGUCAGGCAUAUUUGAAGAAAUACCAUUUUCAGAAUGCCAAGACACAACAAUUUUGGGAAGCUCUUGAAGAGGCAAGUAAUAAACCUGUGAAGGAAGUCAUGGACACAUGGACUAGGCAGAUGGGCUACCCUGUUUUGGAGAUGGGAGAUAAUUCAAUAUUCACACAGAAACGUUUUCUUUUGGAUCCCAAUGCAAAUGCUUCUCAUCCCCCUUCUGAUCUUGGUUACAAAUGGAAUAUACCAGUCAAAUUUAAGCUUGGUGAUUCAUCAGAUUAUACCUUCUACAAUGCAUCAAACUCUACAGGAAUUAGAAUACCAGCUUCUUCUGAUACUUUUGUGAACGUUAAUCCAGACCACGUUGGAUUCUUUCGGGUGAAUUAUGAUAAUCAAAACUGGGCCAUCUUAAGCAGUAUUCUGCUCCAAAACCACACUAGUUUUUCAGUUGCUGAUCGCACAGGGAUUUUGGAUGAUGCUUUUUCUUUAGCAAGACCUGGACUUGUGAAUUACUCUGUUCCCCUGGAACUCACAAAAUACCUAAGAAAUGAAACAGAGUAUUUACCUUGGAAUAGAGCUGUAUCAGCUGUAACUUACCUUGCAAACAUGCUCGAAGAUGAUAAAAAUCUCUAUCCCCUGUUUCAGGAAUAUUUUCGCAAUCUGGUGAAACCAACUGUGGAUAAACUGGGCUGGGAGGAUUCUGGAGACCAUUUGCAGAGGCUUCUUCGUGCAUCUGUUCUAGACUUUUCCUGCAGUAUGAAUGACACAGAAUCUUUGAGCAGUGCUUCUCAGCUCUUCGAUAGGUGGUUACGAGGAGAAACAAUUGCUGCAAAUCUCCGACUCAUAGUAUAUCGCUAUGGGAUGCAGAACUCAGCCAAUGAGACAUCAUGGAAUUACAUGUUCAACAAAUACCAAGAAACUUCAUUAGCCCAAGAAAAAGAAAAGCUGCUAUAUGGCCUGGCAUCAGUGAGGAACGUCACCCUUUUGGACAGAUAUCUGAAAUAUAUUUACAACACCAGCCUCAUCAAAAGCCAAGAUGUAUUCACGGUCCUGAAAUACAUCUCAUAUAACACCUACGGGAAAACAAUGGCCUGGGACUGGAUACGACUGAACUGGCAGUACUUAGUUGACAGAUUCACUAUAAAUGACAGAAAUCUUGGUCGAAUAGUAACUAUUGCCCAAAACUUCAACACUGAGCUCCAGCUUUGGCAGAUGGAAAAUUUCUUUGAAAAAUACCCUAAUGCUGGGGCAGGAGAAAUGCCCAGGAGUCAGACACUGGAGCAAGUGAAGAGCAACAUCAAAUGGCUAAAAGAAAAUAAGGAAGAAAUACAAUCAUGGCUGAAAAGCACAGUAAGGCUUCAAAGCCUUACUUCAUGAAAAAGAUCCGGCACUUAAAUCUUCAAAGAUGUUUAGCAAUGUGGAUUUCUCACCUAGGUACCUUAGAGGACUAAGACCUAAUAUUUUUUUCCUACAAAUACUCAGGAGACUACUGCCAGAGCAAUGUUGGUGUAGGUGCUUAGCAGGAAUAGCUUUAUAGGUUGAGGAUGAAUUUGCCUGAACAAACAGGACAAAGAUUUAAAGUCAUUCAAAGCAGAAGUGAUGGCAGAACUGGUGUCCUUGCUGAUCACUCUGGUCUCACUCCUUAUGCACGCCACUCUGCAAAGCUACUUCUUGGCUCGCACAGAAGUUAUGUCUACUAUACUCAGGGAUUCCUUUCCAAGUGCACCUCAUAGGAACUUUCUCCUGAAGGAAAGGGAAUUAAACAGUAGUUUUGACAUUGUCUGAAAAUCAUCCCCUAUAUUCAUAGCUGUAAAAAUUCUAUGUCUGGGAUUUAGGUUUGCUUUCUGAUACUACAGAAAGGCCAGUUAAGCUUUCCUCUCAAUUGAUUUUUGAAGUUUAACUACUAGAACACAAGGGAUCAAUAUAUCAACUUCUUUUUUAAUGUUAUUAGUUGGGAUUUUGUAGCUUAGAGUAAGGGUUGUCUUGGCUACUUUUGUCUUAUUUCUAAAUCUUAAAAAAAAAGAAAACAAAAAAAGAUAAUUUGUGGUAGCCAAUGCUGCAAACAAGACAUGCUUUAUUUACUGUUUAUUUUCUUAUAGAAAAAUAAAAUGUAAAACUCUACAUGAAA